AUGGACUCUAUUUUCGAUCGUGCUCUUUCUGAAAUAGGGCAAGAUGGAAGAUUUCAGAAAAUGUUUGAUAUUAUUUAUAAUGUUGUGUUAUCGAUUUUGUGGACUAUGGCGUAUAUGAAUCUAAUGUUGGCGUUAAUAAUAGUUCCUUAUACUUGCCAUAUUCCAGGAAAACCUAAUGACGUCAGUGAACUUUCAUGGAGACAGUUGAAUAUUCCCGUGUACACGAAUGCUGCUGGUGAAGUUAAAUUUCAUAAUUGUCUGAUGUAUACAAAUUAUUCUCUUCAUAAUAAUACGAAAGUUUGUGACACAUAUGACUACGACAAAACUUGGUAUGAACGUACAGUUCCUACAGAGAACAAUUGGGUAUGCGAUAAAGAAUUAUACGUAGCAAAUAUUUUAGCUUCAAGCAAAAUUGGAGAACUUGUUGGAUCUAUAGCUUUUGGUUGGUACGGAGAUACAUAUGGCCGAAGACCAACUUAUAUUAUAUCACUUUUAUUAAUUAUAUUUGGACGAGCUGUGUCUUUACUAGCGGGCACAUCGUUCAUUUUAUUUGUCUUCGGAACUGUUGUAGCUGCACUUCCAUCUUGGUCUGUUCUUCAAAGUGUCACUGCUAUAUCUAUGGAGAUAUCCUCACCAACAAACCGUACUUUAACUGCGUCCUUACGAUUUGCUGGAUGGAGUGUUGGUUUGGCUGCCACGGCAUUAUUAUUUUGGUGUUUGAGAGAUUGGAAGAUAUUUUUUAUUGCCACUACCGCUACUCAAGUCCCUUUUUUACUUUUUUCUUGGAAGAUGAUAGAGUCACCUCGAUGGCUGUGGGUACAGGGUAAAACGAAGGAAUGUGUAAAAUAUUUAAAGUAUAUCGCUAAGAAAAAUAAUAAAAACCUUUCUAAAGAAACGGAAGAGGAAAUUUUAACGUAUACACCUGUUAAAAAUACUCAUGGUCUAGGAUAUUUAGCGUUGUUUUCCGGAUGGACUUUAGCAAAAAAUACUAUUUUACAGUUAAUUGCUUGGAUUUGCUAUAGUACGAGUUAUACAGUCAUUUUAAUGAGCUCUGGAGAAAAAACAGAUGGAAAUCCUUUUUUGGAAUCGGUAUGGCAGUCCUUAGCUGAAUUACCGGGGUAUUUUAUAGCUGCAUGGCUUGCGGAUCGUAUUGGUCGCAGAUACACAGGUGCGAUAUCUUUCGGCAUCACUGCAGCUAUGUGGACAGUCCUUGCACUUCGAGAAAACAGUUCUAAUGUGGUUUUUCGAAACUCAUUGGUUGGAAGUACUUUAGCGGUAAUCAACAGAAUGUCAGCUACGAUAUCGUAUUCCAUCAUCACUAUCUUUAACAUGGAGUUAUACCCGACUUGCAUACGGCAAUCGGGAAUGUCAUUAGGAAAUUUGUUUAUAAGUGCAGGUUCUGCUUUAGCUCCUUAUAUGUUAUAUUUGGGGCGUCGUUAUUCACAGCUGUCUAAUUUAAUAUUAAUUGGCAUUUCUCUUUUUGGGAUUAUUUGCAUCGUCUUACUGCCUGAGACUUUGAAUGAAAAAUUACCGGAAACAAUAGAAGAUGCUCAAGCAUUUGGCAAGAAGAAACUGAAAUACUUACCUGUAUCUAGUCAGUCAUAA